AUGUUAGAAAAAAAGUUUGCUGACAUUGACAAGAAAUUUGAGAAUGUUUUGAAGAAGAACAAGAGGAAGUUAGAAAAUGCUCAGAUAAAGCCUAUACAUGACAAGUUCUUAUUUGCUCAGAAUGGUAUAACAGGUCUAAUUGCACCACCUGGGUCGGGUAAGACUUUCACUUAUCUUAAAAUGGCUGCACAACAACAAGAACUAGAUGAGAAGAACCCAUUCUAUGAGUUAGUUGUCAUUUGUAGUACUUCUGGUCAAUUUGACCAAACCGUCAAUUCGUUCAAAGAUAUUAUAAAGAAGUCUAAGUUAGUAUGUAUAAAAGACUCUGAGUUGUUAGAUUGGAUAAAGAAGUACCAAAGAAGAGUUUUGAAGUAUAAUGCUAUAAAUGAGUAUAUAAAUUCUAAGUUUAAAGACCCAAAUGAGGAAAUGCAAAGAAUAUUAGAGAAGAAACACUUCAGAAACAAACAGAAAGAGAUAGAAUACAUUUCGAAGAAAUUGCAAUCUUACGAUUGGAAGACUUACCCUCAUAGAUGUCUUCUUAUCUUAGAUGACUUUGCUUCUCAUCCUUUGUUAAAGAACAGAGAACAAGAUAUGUGUCGAAUUCUUAAGAAGCUCAGACACUUUAACAUCUCAGUU